GGUAAAGCAGCACUGAUUGGCUGCUGUGGAGGUGGAGGAGAGAAUUUAAUACACAAAACCUCAACUUCAGUCAACUUCAGAAAGUCGCAGCCCUGACACAGUUAUGGAGUUGAAAAUUCUCCUUUUUUUUGUCGUGACUCUUCUCUGUGGGAUAUGUGCUGCUGGGCCUGCAGGGAAGGAGUUUGCAAUUUCUUUUAUGCAGAAUUAUAAGUAUACAGGUGUACCACAUUUCAGUGUAGAUGUCUCUAGCCCCCCAAGUUCUCUCUUAAGCACAAAUGUGAAGGUGACUGCCCUGGGAAAUGUCUUUGAGGCCACUCUUCAACCAGGAACUGGCAAGUCUUUCUUGCUUCCUGAUGGGGUAGAGAUGACUGGAAGCUCACAAAACAGACAGACUGUCCAGGUAGAAGCUGAUCAGGACGUUCUGGUGUUGUCACUAAACUAUAAGCCUUACACAGCUGACACUUCAGUGAUCUACCCUAUCAAAGACUGGGGUACAGAGUAUUACCUCUAUACUCCACAGAUGGGUCCACCUGGUCAAUAUAAAGAGUUCUCUAUUACCAAUCAAGGCAUACAAAACAGUGUGGCGAUUCUGUUCAACGGUAUGGUGACAUUUGCUGGGCAGCAAUACACAAGAGGUAGCACACUUAUCAUUAAUCUGGAACCUUUUGAAAGUGUGCAAAUCCAAAGUGAAGAAGAUCUGACUGGCUCCAAAGUAUCUGCCAAGCAACCAGUGGCAGUCUUUACAGGACACAGCUGUACCUGGUAUUUUACAGAUUGUAAUCAUGUGUAUGAACAACUGCUUCCUGUAAGUAGCUGGGGAAAGGAGUUUGUAGUUGCAACUCUUGCAUACAAAAAACCCUCAUACAGAUUUGAUACAGUAGUCAUUCAGGCCUCAGAGAACACUGAAAUCCAAAUAACUACUCAAGAUGGCGUAGAUUCCAAAACACCAAAACAAAUGGCGGCUGGAGAAACGCUCUAUAUGAAUCUUCCAUAUCCAAACUCUCUGCAUGUAAUUGCUGAUAAAGCAGUUCAAGUGUUAUAUCAAUUUAAUGGUGGAAUUACAGAAGGUGGAGAAACAAAUGAUCCCUUCCUCAUUACUGUCCUUCCUGUAAACCGAUUUAGCACUUCAUAUACAAUGGAUAGUCAAGUUGGCUUUACCAAUGAAGCUAUUAUUAUAGCUCAAACCAAAGACUUGGGAAAAAUGACACUAGAUAAUAAGCCAUUACCGAAUGACCUGCAGUGGACUCAAGCAGGGAAAAGUGAAUACUCAUGGACACAGUUCAGUUAUGCUGAAGGCACAGGCUUCCAUCAAGUCUCCCAUUCAGACUCACCUUUCGCUCUGUACAGCUUUGGUGCAUCAAAAGAAAAUGGAUAUGGAUCUCCUGCCCCUGCUAAUCCUCCAGCUAAAGUUGGUGUCUGCUGGGUCAUGGGAGAUCCACAUUACCGUACAUUUGAUGGCAGUUACUACAACUUUAUGGGCAACUGUACAUAUAUCAUGGCAAAGAACUGUGAAGUGGACAAUUUUCACCCUGCUUUUGAAGUCCAAGCUGAGAAUGAACGCCUUGGCAGUGCAAAAACUACAGCUGUCAGCAAAAUCAUUAUCAAAGUCUAUGGUAUAAACAUCACAAUUGUCCGGCAUGAGACUGGCAUUGUCCGAAUUAGUGAUUCACUCUGGUACCUUCCGAUCUCCUUGGACAAUGGCAGAAUAACUCUUCAGCAAAGCGGUCUGUCAGUUAUUAUCAAUACAGACUUUGGUCUGUCAGUGCAAUAUGAUUGGGAUCAAUAUAUGGUGGUGAAUAUACCAGGGAGCUUCAUGGGAAGAAUGUGUGGCAUGUGUGGGAACUUCAAUGGAAAGAAGGAGGAUGACCUUACCAUUCCCAGCGGCAGUGUAGCAGGCAGUAUUCCACAACUGGGAAAGAGCUGGAGAGUACCAGGUUUACCAGGAGAUGCCUACUGCAGUGAUGAUUGUGUGGGCCAGUGUGAGAGCUGUCAGGGAGAAUCUUGGUUCGAACGUUUGGCAGCAAAGGCCUUCUGUCACUUGACCACAAUGCUUACUGAUGGUCCAUUCCGAGAUUGCAACUCUGUCAUUGAUUCCAAUAUUUUCUAUGAAAAUUGCCUCUUCGACUACUGUAUGGGAAAAGGAUACAAAAACUUCCUAUGUAAGACAGCAGAGAUUUACACUGAUGCUUGUCAGCGAGCUGGUGUCCAUGUAUAUAACUGGAGACACCUAAUUGGCUGUUCCAAACCUAAAUGCCCGGCUAAUAGUCACUUUGAGUCAUGUGCUUGCCCUGCUACCUGUGAGAAUCCCACUCCAUCUGCUGCAUGUAAAGCAAACUGUGUAGAGGCUUGCACUUGUGAUGAUGGAUACUUGUUGAGUGGAAACAAGUGUGUUCCUAAGAAUCAUUGUGGCUGUGUGUACAAAAGUGGAGGUGAUGAGCGUUAUUUACAGGCUGGAGAAUCCAUCUGGGCUGAUAACAACUGCAGCAAAAACUGUACAUGCAAUUCAAAUAAUGGUCAAGUUGUAUGUGAAAACAGUGGAUGCCCUGGUGGAACUGAAUGCAGUGUAGUAAAUGGGAUCAGAGAUUGCCAUCCUGUACAUCAUGCCACUUGUAAUAUUUAUGGAGAUCCUCAUUACAAUACGUUUGAUAACAGCAGCUACAGCUUCCAGGGCACUUGUACUUAUAUUGCCACUAAGGGCUGCCAUCUGAAUGGAACAAAACUCACUCCAUUUGCAGUUAUAGUAGAAAAUGCACAGUGGGAUGACAUCCAAACCACUCCAAAGGUCUCCAUGGCAAAGGUGGUGAUUGUCCAAGUGUAUGGAAUGACAUUAGUGCUGCAAAGGAAUCAACUAUACAAGAUAAUGGUUAAUGGAUUAUUGACGAACAUUCCUGUAAGUCUGGAUAACGGAAAAGUAAGGGUCCAGCGAGAAUGCGAUCAAAAUGUAAUACUAACAGACUUUGGCCUGAGAGUCACCUUUAAUAUGGUUUACCACGUCACAAUUACAGUCCCAAGCACGUAUGCAGGAAAGACCUGUGGCUUGUGUGGAAACUUUAAUGGUAAUAAGAAUGACGAUUACCUCUUGCCAAAUGGCAAAGAAACCAAAGAACUGAAAACAUUUGCUGCUGCAUGGAAAGUACCUGUUCCUGGUAUUAAAUGUGAUGAUGGCUGCAGUGGUGAUGUCUGUCCAAUAUGCCCUGAAGAUAAGAAAAUUGCCUUUGAAAAGGACUGUAGUAUUAUUACCAACCCUGAAGGUCCAUUCGCCGCUUGCCACAGUGUAAUUAACCCUGACUCCUACUUCAAAGAUUGUGUCUAUGAUGUCUGCAUGGGUGAAGGAAAUCGAAAGAUGCUCUGUCAAGACAUUGCUGCAUACAUGACUGCAUGUCAGGAUGCAGGUGUUACUGUUCAAAAGUGGAGAACACCAACAUUCUGUCCCUUUACCUGUCCUGACAACAGUAACUAUGAAAUCUGUGCAAAAGCAUGUGAUGCACCUUGCCUUGGCCUUACUGAUGUAAUGAACUGUGAUAUUAAGACUUGUGCUGAAGGCUGCAUGUGUAACCAUGGAUUCUUUAACAAUGGGACUGGCUGCAUUACAGCAGAUCAGUGUAGCUGUUAUGAGAAUGGACACACCUAUAAGAUUAAUGAGACUGUCAUCACAGAAUCUUGCAAAGAAAGUUUGACUUGCCUUCCAUCUGGAAAAGUAAUUCAUAAAUCCAUAGAAUGCAGUUCUAUUGAAGUCUGUGAAAUUCAGAACGGGGUUCUUGGCUGCUAUCCAAAACCUAAUGCUUCACCAGGUAUCUGUUGGGUAAUGGGAGAUCCACACUACCGUACUUUUGAUGGCGAGUACUACAACUUCAUGGGAAACUGUACUUACAUCAUGGCUAAAAACUGCAAAGCAGACAAGGACCACGCAGCAUUUGAAGUCCAGGCCGUGAAUAAACGUACUGGAAGCUCAAAAGGCACCAGUGUCAGUCAAGUCAUCAUUCAAGUCUAUGGUCAAACCAUUACCAUUGUACAACAUGAGAAUGGGCUUGUCAGAAUUGAAGAUUCACUGUGGUAUCUUCCAAUCUCUAUGGACAAUGGCAGAAUAACUCUUCAGCAAAGCGGUCUGUCAGUUAUUGUUGAGACAGACUUUGGAUUGUCAGUGCAGUAUGAUUGGGAUCAAUAUUUGGUGGUGAAAAUACCAGUUAGUUUUGCAGGAAGGAUGUGUGGCAUGUGUGGGAACUUCAAUGGAAUUAAGGGUGAUGACCUUACUACUCCUAGUGGCAGUGAGGCAAGCAGUAUAACACAACUGGGAAAGAGCUGGAGAGUACCAGGUGCUGUGGGAGAAGCCUAUUGCACAGAUGAUUGUGUAGGUCAGUGUGAGAGCUGUCAGGGAGAAUUAUGGAUUGAACGUCUAGCAGCAGAGUCUUUCUGUCACUUGGCCACCAUGCUGACUGAUGGUCCAUUCCGAGAUUGCAACUCUCUUAUUGACCCUAAGGUUUUCUAUGAAAAUUGUCUUAUGGACUUCUGCAUGGGAAAAGGUUUUAAGAAUUUUCUGUGUAAAACAGCACAGAUAUAUGCAGAUGCUUGUCAGCGAGCUGGUGUUCAUGUGCAUGACUGGAGACACAUCAUUGGCUGUCCGACACCUACAUGUCCUGCUAACAGUCACUAUGAGUCCUGUGCUUGCCCUGCUACCUGUGAGAAUCCCACUCCUUCUGCUGCAUGCAAAGCAAACUGUGUAGAGGCUUGCACUUGUGAUGAUGGAUACUUGUGGAGUGGAAACAAGUGUGUUCCUAAGAAUCAGUGUGGCUGUGUGUACAAAAGUGGAAGUGAAGUGCGUUACUUACAGGCUGGAGAAUCCAUCUGGGAUGAUAACAACUGCAGCAAAAACUGUACCUGCAACCCCACAAAUGGUAAAAUUAUUUGUGAAAAUGCACAAUGUCCAGCUGGAACAGCAUGCAAUGUUUCUAAUGGGAUCAGAGCCUGCCAACCACUCUCUCAAGCCACCUGUAACAUCUAUGGAGAUCCUCACUACAACACGUUUGAUAAUGGCACCUAUGACUUCCAGGGCACUUGUACGUACACUGCCGCUCAGGGCUGCCAUCUGGAUGGAACAAAACUCACUCCAUUUGCAGUCAUAGUAGAGAAUGAGAAAUGGAAUGAAAUCCAAACCACUCCAAAUGUCUCGAUGGCCAAGGUGGUUGUUGUGGAGGUGUACGGCAUGAUUAUAAUUCUGCGAAGAAAUCAGCUACAUCAGGUCAUGGUAAAUGGUGUCCUAACUAAUAUACCUGUAAGUCUUAAUGAAGGAGAAGUGAUAGUCCAGCAGGUGGGCUACAACAACGUAAUCUUUACAAACUUUGGUCUAAGAGUGGCCUAUGACAUGAUUUACCACGUUAUUAUCACAGUCCCCAGCACUUACCUUGGAAAGACCUGUGGCAUGUGUGGAAGCUAUAAUGGUAAUAAGAAUGACGAGCUCCUGCUGCCAGAUGGGAAAGCAGUAGAAAAAACAGACAUAAUAACAUUUGGAAAUGCUUGGAAAGUGGCUGUCCCUGGUAUUGUGUGUGAUGAUGGCUGCAGUGGUGAUUUCUGUCCAAAGUGUGCCGAAGAUCAGAAAGUUGUAUUUGAAAAGGACUGUAGUAUUAUUACCAACCCUGAAGGUCCAUUUGCUGCCUGUCACAGUGUAAUUAACCCUGAAUCCUACUUCAGAGAUUGUGUAUAUGAUGUCUGCAUGAGCAAGGGAGAUCAGCAUAUGCUGUGCCACAGUGUCACUGCAUACAUGACUGCCUGUCAGGACUUUAAAAUCCCUGUUAAAAACUGGAGAACACCAACAUUUUGCCCUCUGAAAUGUCCUGACAACAGUGUUUAUGAAAUCUGUGCAACGGCAUGCGACACACCUUGUCCUGGCCUCAGUGAUGUCAUGAAAUGUAAUAUUCAGACCUGUGUCGAAGGCUGUAGGUGUAAACCUGGAUUCUUUAGCAAUGGGACAGGGUGUGUUAAAAAGAAUCAGUGUAGCUGUUAUGCGAAUGGAAUAACCUUUAAGAUUGGUGAGGUUGUUGUCCAAGAAGGUUGUCAAGAAAAAAUGAUAUGUCAGCAAACUGGUAUAGUGAAAUAUGAAAGCAUGACAUGUAAAACUGAUGAAAUAUGCCAGAUAGAGAAUGGUGUUACUGGAUGUUACCCAAAACAGUGCAAGUUGGAGAUCGCAGGCUCCUUUACGCUUUUCAAUGGAACAAUUUGGAACAUCCCGUCUAUGGGAGCGUAUGAUUUGGUGUACGUAUGUGACAAUACCGUUAUAGGGAUGUGGUUCCGUGUGGUGGGAGUGUUGCAAGAGAGAAAUGGAGUCCUCACUACUGUAGCUGUUCAUGUCUUCUUUGACAAUGUUCUUGUCACUGUUACCAGCCAGAAUGAUAUUUGGUUCAAUGGCAAAAAGGUGACUGUUCCUACUAUGGUAAACCAUGAGGUAAUUUUUAAGGUCAUUGAUCAGACAGUGAUCAUUGAGAAGACAUCUGUCAUGAGAUUGUCCUACAGUCAAUCACAGGAGCUCACAAUCACAGUGAACAAAGCAAUUGCUGAUAAAGUUUGUGGCGCAUGUGGAAAAUUAACUGGCUCUAUUACUGGCGAAAGCAUAAUGUUCUAUAUGGAUCAAUACCGAGCUCUUGAUUUUCCCACUUGCACCGUGUGAUGAGGAAAGAACUGCUAAUAAAUUCUGGAGGCUGGGAGCUUCAACCAAACAAAAUGUCUGAAAAUAUACCAUAUGAUUUCAUACAUGAUUUUCUGAAAUUAUAAAUCAAAAUCUAAAAAUAAAUAAAGCACUUGCAAUAUGA